AUGAAAAGCACAAAUUCAUUUGCAAAACAAUUAAAGCGUCUCGUUAAAGAAGGGAAUUCCACAUAUGAUAAAUCAUCUAUAUUAAAAAAUAUAAAAAUUCAAAACAUAUAUUCAAAUGAUAAAAUUAAUAAAAAGGAGCAUUAUAUUUACUUUAAAGAGCAUGACAUAAAACCAAAUGAUUUGAAUUAUACGCAUUUAAAAAAAACAAAACGGUUGUUUAAAAAUGGAGCAAAUAAAAAUAAAAAUGUUUUCAUGUAUACAACAAUUAGUUCCACUGUAGGUAUAGUCUUAUUUAUAUUUUACAUGUCAUCAAAAUGGGAUAAUAAUAAUUAUUAA